GCUCACAGGCAUGGCAUGAGUAGAGGCGGAUGCAGUGGACUCCCUGGCCCCUGACGUAGAGGAUGCCCCUGGCCUGGCGAUGACGCCCAAGGCGUUUGCGCUGCCAGGAAGCUCGUCGCGCAGCCCUUCCCCGCCGGCGGCGGCGCCGCCCCCGUUGAACGCGGAGGAGAAGAAGCCGGACAGCCUGCUUCUUCAUGUCCGGAAGACCCUGGGCCCAUACUGCCGACAGAUCGUCCACAACAGGUAUUUCCAGCUCGCCAUGUUCGUCGCGCUGCUCCUGGCGCUUUUCCUGCCUGACCUCUGGGUCAUCGCUGAUCGCCCGCACAACGAUGACCUGGACGUCCUCCUGACGCUGGUGGGCGUGUUGUUCAUCUUCGAGCUCUUGGUGCAAUCCGUGGGCAUGCCCAAGUCCUACCUCUAUUCCUUCUUUUUCUGGAUGGACUUGCUUGGAGCUGCUUCUCUUUUGCUGGACCUGUCCUACAUCACUCAAUCUGACCAGCAGGUGGGUGGCGACACGGUCUCCAACAAUGUCAUCAUCAUGAGGGCGGCGCGGGUGGCCAAGCUCGGUGCGCGCGCAGGGCGCUUCACCAAGUUGGCCAAGCUCCUGAGGUUCUUGCCGGGCAUGGGCAACGUGGACGACGGCGCGGGCACGGCCAAGCUCAUCUCCUCCAAGCUCAUCACGGCUCUGUCCACGCGGACGUCCUGCCUGAUCAUCUUGCUGGUGAUGAUCAUGCCUCUGUUCAACCUGUGGGCUUAUCCGGAGGAGGACUGGUCGCCCAGUUCCUUCGUGGACAUCAUGGAGACCACCUACUCCCGGGCCCCCAGCCGCUUCAAGCUGCAGCUGGCGGAGGUGACCAGUUUCUACGAGGACAAGUCCUACUUCCCGUGGAGGGUACGUGCCAAGGAUGAGAGUAACGUGGACCCGGAGGUUGCAGAUGCCUUGCCCUGGCUGUCGCCCAGAGAAGCGCCGUCGCGCAUGAGCAACACUGUGGUCUUCACAGGGGGCCGCUUGAUUGUGGAAUUCAACUUCAUGUCUCCCAACCAGUUGGACGCGUGGAUGAAUGUGGUGCUCCUGCUGGUUGUCAUGGUCCUGAUGAUCGCGUUUUCCUUGAUCCUCUCCCAGUCGGUGUCCAGCAUCGUCCUAAAGCCUUUGGAGCAGCUGCUCACGCAGGUGCGACAAAUGGCCAACACGAUUUUCCGGUCCGUGACCGACAUGGAGGUGGUGAUGAAAGAGGACGCCAGGGAUGACAGGUCAGACCAGGAGGAUAGCACGGAGGACUCGAGCAACUUCGGCAACGAGACGCAACUGCUCGCCAAGGUCGUGCAGAAAUUAGCUGUGAUCAGCGAGAUCACCAUGAACAAGCCGGUGCUCGACGCCCAGACGCUGCAGAACUUGGCCGAGGGCGACCGCGCGGUGAUCUCGGGCUUUCAGGGCACCGCGACGCAUGACACGGAGUUCUUCGACCACGGGGAGGAAAUGGAAAACGUGCUCGACAUGGAGGCGAUCGAGCUCGCGCAGCGCGCCAUGAUGGAGAACGCAGGUCUUUCCAUGGAGCUUCUGGACUCGUGGAAUUUGAAUCCACUGGAGCUGGACAAAGCUCGGAAUCACGUGGCAGCCAUGUACUUCUGCAGCUCGCACAACCACGGCGUCGAGUUCGACUCUGUAGUCAUGGGCAAUUUCCUGAGUGAUGCGGAAGCUGGAUACGUGAAAUCCAGCCCUUAUCACAACUGGUUUCAUGCCGUGGAUUGCACACAUGCGGUGUACCGCCUGCUGCUGAUGUCUGCCGCUGAUACCUUCCUCACUUUUCAAGAGCGGUAUGCGCUACUGGUUAGCGCCGUGUGCCAUGAUAUAGGCCACCCAGGCUUAAACAAUGGCUUUUUGGUGGAGACCUCGCACGAGUUGGCGCUGCGGUACAAUGACAAGUCCCCGCUGGAGAACAUGCACUGCUCGAAGAUGUUCGAGCUAGUGGGGCAAGCGAGGUGUAACAUAUUUUCCACGCUGUCGAAGUUGCAGUACUACGAGGUGCGCAAAGUCUGCAUCGAGGCGAUCCUGCACACCGACAACGCGCAGCACUUUACCAUGGUCAAGGACGUGCAGAUGCUCUACGAGGUGAAUGCGGAGCUUUGGGAUGCGUCCAGGCAGCUCUUCCUCCAAGAGGAAGAGCUGUGCCUAGCUCAAGAGGCCGUGGACACGCUGAAGCUGCCAGAGAGUCGGAAACUGAUCGUCAAUCUCAUUCUGCACACCGCGGACAUCUCGAACUCCAUGAAGCCCUUCCGAAUCAGCCGGAUCUGGGCAUGGCAAGUCCUGGAGGAGUUCUUCAUGCAAGGCGAUGCCGAAGCGCGGCUGGGGGUGCCCGUGCAGGCGCUCAAUGACCGGAACACGGUGAACCGCCCCUUUUCCCAGGUGGGCUUCAUUGAGUUCCUGGUCUCCCCGCUGAUUUUCGCGGCGCUGCGAAUCUUGCCUCAGACGGAGCACCUGGCAGUUCAGAUGCUCAUGAAUGCGAGGUCAUGGCAAAAGCAGUGGGAGAACGAGGGCAAGACUCCGCCCUCCGAUAAUGACAAGAAGCUGCUCAACGAGCGCAUCCUCAAGAUGGAGAACAAGUUUCGAAGCUGCCAGCUCGGCAAGACGCCGGAGAGGACUUGAGAGGCCUGAAGGCAGCUCUAGCUGGAUUUGACCACACUGAGAGAAGAGCCAAGUGGUUGGAUCAAAUGUGUGGCUCGUCUCUUGUUGGAGUUGGUGC